ACGUUUGUGCUGCUGUGGUUGAACAGUAGUUAGUGUAAGGUACAUGUGAACAGGAUGGCUGGUGCAAAAUCGCUUAAGAAUAAGUUGGAGGACGAUUUGCUGACUUGUCCGAUUUGCUGCUCGUUGUACAAUGAUCCAAGAGUGUUGAAAUGUCAGCAUUCGUUUUGCCAUGGUUGCUUGAAAGGUUCCAUGAAAGCAGCAAAAUCUAAUGGCAAGUCAAUCAACUGUGCCGUGUGCAGAAAGCCAACACCACUGGCAAAAAAAGGUCUUGCGGAUUUGCCCAAGAAUUACGUCAUCAUCGGGUUAUCGCAAAUGGUCAAGGAACACAAGGAGAGCGGAAAGUCGCCCGUGGUCGCAAAAUCAUCUUCCGGAAAGAAUGUUGGUAAUGUUAAACAAUUGGUCGAAACGUUCAACAAAAAAUCAAUCGUUGAAAAACCAUCAAAAAAGAGAGAUAAGAACUUCAACAUAGAAGUACCAAAAGCUGGUGUUGUCCAUGAUGAUGAAAAUGACGACAGUUCGGAUUUGUCUACAAGUGCUUCGGACUCGUCUGGGAUGACAGAAUUCACUCCAACCGAUGACAGCGAGUCUACAAGCAGUGGAAGCGAUGAUAGUAGCAGUGGAAGCGAUGAUAGCGAUACCGAUAGCGAGAGUGAUAGUGGAAGUAGCGACGACGAAGAACCCGAACAUGUUCCACAAAGGCCUACAAUAAAAAGCUCUCAUGGUAUCAAACUUGGUAUGAAGGUGUUUGUUUUCACUGCCAAAGGUAAACCACUCCCAGGGACCGUAAGGGUACUCGAGAAAUAUAAACGCAAGCCACCAAACCAAACGCAAGUGUAUGCGGGCGUGCAAAUGGAGAAGGAAUACAAAAAGUUAACAACAGAAGAUAUUUUGGACAUGGACGAUUCUUAUCUCUUCAAUUGGUUGAUGGACUUCGAUCAACCAUGUGUGGCUGUGAGAAUAGACCAAUGUUGCCCUGCUAAAGUUAUUCAAAGAUUUAAUCUAUGAUCCGCCAAGCCUUUGUCACCGACCAGUUCACGAAGUUACCUGCUUUUUUGUUUUUCUUUAUUUAAAUAAACUAUUUGUAUAAAAAUGA